AUCUCAUACCACAGUACAGCUUUCAUUCUUUCACUUCCUGUCCCCGUCCCCGUCCUUUUCUGCUUCCGCUCCACUCUUGUUGGACGUUGUCGCAAUCGCAUUGAUAUGGCCGGCCUCCUCGGCAACCUCCAGGGCGUACUGGGCGGUGCGAAGUCGUCAGUCACCUCUGCGGCCUCUGCCGUGGAUACAGAUGACUUCGCCGACUUUGCGACAGCAGCAGCCGCGCCCAUCGUCCAGACUGCCUCGUCCGCCUUCGAUGCUGCCGCCACGAAACCCACUCCCAAGGGAACCUUCUCCGGCAUAGGAACGGGUCUGGCUGGACGUCCCUACACGAAAUGGUAUCGAGUAUGGGAGCGCGUGACCAUCGCCGACUUCUACCAGGAGCUCUUCAUUAUACCCAUCAUCGUCGUGGUCAUUCUGGUGAAUAUGUGGGGAGCUCGAGCCAACAAGAAGCGCGCAGCAGAGUGGGCGGAGCUACAUCUGCCUCACCUGGAGCAGGAGUUUGCAGCGGUGGGUUUUGGAGCAAAGAGAGCGGAUGGGCAGCCAGGACUGCUGUGGAAGGAAAAGAGCAAGAACGAGUACAUCACGUAUGCGACGGGAAGACAGAACGUGGCUUUUCUGGAUGUCAAACUCACUCUGUACAAGCGCUACAACCCGAUGAUCUGGAUGGGUGAGCUCGCCGCGUCCUUCUUUGUGGACAGCUAUGAUGCGCCGGAAGAGCGACUCGAGGCGACGGCAUAUGCGUUUGAUGGUCGAGAGAGGAGCAUGGUGCCGGCUCAGGCGCAGAACCAGAGCUCACAGCACCGAGACAGCACUUUUGAUGGCUUUGUCUGGGCGAUUGUGCACAAGGAUAAGAUGAGGAAGCUUCGCAACGACCGAUAUGAUGUCAGCUUGGCUGUGCAGAAAGAUCAUCCCAAGCUGCCCCAAUGGGCGACGGUCAUGUCUGAGGGCGCAGAGAUUACUGAGGCUCUUCUUACUCCAGAGCUCAUCAAGGCCGUUACUGCUGCUGGGGAUGACCUGGAGGCUCUGAUCAUCACCGAUCAGCCAGUCGAUGCUCCAAGAAAACUGAAUGAUCUCGUACCCAAGAAGCGCAUUGAGCUCCUGACCCGACUCUCGACCUCCAGAGCAGCAGCAGAUCUCUUUGCCUACUUCCUCCGUCUACCCGAUCAACUGGUAACAGGCGCCCAUUUCCGUCCAGAAGCACUCCGCAAAGUCCGCGCCACACGCGAGGAGGAGAUUCGCAAGAUCAAGAAGAUUGACGAAGAUGAGAAGGCGCUCGAGAGAAGAGAGGCCAGCGACAAGCUCAAGAAGGAAGAGCGCGAUCGCAAACUGAGCAGGAUGAGUGCCGAGGAGCAGAAGAAGUUUUUGGAAAAGGAAAAGGAGAAGACGCAGCGCAAGCAGACGAAAAAGCAGACCAUGAGGGGUUAGCAUUCCGGUAUGCGUGUGUUCUAAGGUGGUGAAAGUCCACGCGAUUGGAUUGUUGCGCAACCUUCAUUGAUGGGCUCUGCGAGAUUUCUCGUUGAACAUGUUGUAUAAAAGUCAACUCGCUUCGCAAGAAGCAAGAAGUAAGAAGGGACACCAUUAUAGCCGUCCAAGCGCACGACACGGAAAGCGAUGUCUGGAAUACCUUACUUAGGUACCUCAGUCAGAGGAGGCAUAGAAGGAACAAUUCGCUUUCAUCAUCAUAUUUGUACUUUGUACAACACAAUAAAUAAUAUUUUUUUGCUCUAG